UAUUUAUGAGCGCAGAUGAGCUCUCCCUACACGAUUUCUAAUGGCCAAAUGGUGCUCCAAUGGCCUCUCGCUCCAAUUCCUCCUCCUAAAAGCUUCUCCCCUGCCCAACUCUGCUCCUCCACCUUCUUCUUCCGUUUCAGGAAACAGAGAUUUGUAGUCUUCAACUUCUCAAAAUCCAGCCCUCCUCUCCUCGACGAUGCCUCGAGUGAUCUCCACGCCAUCCCACUCCCUUCUGUCCCCCUGCAAGCCUCUCCUGCUGCGGGCACCGAGAUUACGAAUGAAUUCAUCCAGGGCGUGUGCAGAAAUCUGCAGACCGAGGCUGUUGCGUUUGAGUAUUACCAGAAGGCGAAAGAGCUGCCGGUUUUCCGGCCGGAUCGACGGACCCUGAAGCUUCUCAUUAGGAGUUUGGUCAAAUCCAAGCAGUGGAGCUCCAUCUCGGCCCUGGUUGACGAUCUCAGGUUCUUUGGUGUGGUUCCGGAUCGAUUUACAUGCGCUAGGUUGAUCGGUAGCUGCAUCAGAGCAAGAAAGUUCAAGCUCGCAGAGGCAUUGCUCGGAGUUCUUGAAUCCAAGAAAGGGAGUGAGGCCGCCAUCUCUGCUUUCAGUGCAGCAAUGUGUGGCUACAACCAGCUCCACAUGUACAACUGCACGGUUUCGGCUUACGAGCGUAUGACGGCCGCCGGGCUUUCCCCUAAUACUAGCUGCUACAGGUGGAUCCUCGAAGCAUAUCGAGAGCUGGGGGAGACAGAGAAGGUGAUUGCCUUGUUUCUUGAAUACGAGUCCAAAGAGUCGAAAGCUUCGUCCAAGUCUGUCGAGAUAUACUCGAUCUUGUGUGAUUCGCUGGGGAGGUCAGGAAGAGCCUUCGAAGCUCUCAGAUACUUCAGGGAGAUGGAAGCAAAGGGACUGUCUCCAAACACUGCCAUCUAUGCUUCACUGAUGAGCUCCUUUGCAGGGAUUAGAGAAGCAGAGAUAGUGGAGGAUCUCUUCCAAGAAGCACUAGCCAAGGGCAUGGUGAGAGACAACGCCAUGCUCAUGAAACUGGUUCUGAUGUUUGUGGACGUGGGGCAGUUGGAAAAGACCCUUGCGGUUGUGCAGGCCAUGAGGAAGAUGGAAAUCAGGGUAUCGGACUGCAUACUCUGCACUAUCAUCAAUGGCUUCGUGAGAAAGAGAGGACUCAGAUCUGCAGUGGCGGCUUACGGGCAACUGUUGUCCGAAGGGUGUGAACCAGGACAAGUAACAUAUGCUUCAAUCAUCAAUGUCUAUUGCCGCCUGGGGCUCCCCCGGAUGGCCGAGUCUACCUUUGCGGAAAUGAUAGACAAAGGUUUCGACAAAUGUGUUGUUGCUUACUCUAACAUGAUCUCCAUGUACGGGAAGAUGGGCAAGGUGAAGGAUGCCAUGAGGCUUCUCGCCAAGAUGAAGGAGAAGGGUUGCAAGCCAAACGUAUGGGUCUACAACUCUCUCCUAGACAUCCAUGGUAGACUGAUGAACUUGAGGCAGGUGGAGAAGCUCUGGCAGGAGAUGAAACGCAGGCAGAUAGCACCCGACAAGGUCAGCUACACAAGCAUCAUUAGUGCCUACAGCAAGGCCAGAAGAAUCGAUGAGUGCAUCGACUUCUUCGAAGAGUUUAAGGGGAAUGGUGGGAAGGUGGACAGGGCCAUGGCUGGGAUAAUGGUGGGAGUCUUCUCAAAGGGAAGUAGGUUGGAUGAGUUGAUUAAGCUGCUGCAGGACAUGGAGUUGGCAGGGACUGGUUUGGAUGCACGGCUGCACGAGUCAGCUUUGAAUGCUUUAAGGGAUGCAGGGCUUCAAGUUCAUAUGAACGGGUUUCGGAAAAGCUUCGUCUCGAAGGAGGAUAAGACUUUGUAGGCAAAUAUAUAUCUGGGGAUCGUAGAGAAAGCUUACUAUAUUUCAUACGGAGAAGAAGGCAUUGCCAGUCAUCGAAUGAAUUGUUCUUGUCAGAGCAGAUGCAAUGUUUUGGUGGUGCAUCAACCAGGCUGUGUUCUACUUGGAACUGCUGAUGCCUUGGUUAGAAUAUUUCUAUGUUGUUGCCUGGAAUAGCUCAAUGAACUAUCUAUAUAUCUGAUUUAUUAUUUGCAAAGGAAACCUCAGUAUAAAUCCAGUUUCAGCAAGUUGAUUCAUCAUAUGCUUAUGAUAAUUAUGUGGGAUCCUAUUUUGCAAGUUCUGCCAGCCUUUUAUUUGUUUGCUCA